CACCAUCCACUCCUCCAUAGGUACGAUACACACGUAACCAUCUGUGCCUCGGUAGAAACGAUACAUCAGAGAGGGGUCCUCUCAUCACCUGACUUUAUGACCCCCUGGCCAAAGAAUCAGAAAUCAUCUGCAUCCUUAUUUCUUUAUCGGCCAGAUUUCACUGACAGCCCUGCCAAUUUCAGAUCUAGAGCGCUUAAAGAUUAAAGACUUGUGCCUCAUCUGCUGUGUGUGUGUGUGUGUGUGUGUGUGUGUGUGUGUGUGUGUGUGUGUGUGUGUAUGCGCAGGCAUGUACCUGGUGUCCAAGUUCAUCCGUGAGAAGACAGACAGUGUGGUCAUCUUCUCCGGGGAGGGAGCAGACAAACUCACUCAGGGAUACAUCUACUUCCACAAGGCUCCCUCCCCUAAAGCAGCAGCUGAAGAAAGUGUUCGUCUGAUGAAGGAGCUCUACUUGUUUGAUGUGCUGAGGGCAGACCGCACCACUGCUGCUCAUGGGCUGGAGCUCAGAGUGCCUUUCCUGGACCACAGAUUCACUGCCUACUACCUGUCCUUACCUGAGGAGAUGAGAGUUCCCAAGGAUGGUGUGGAGAAGUUUCUACUGAGAAGUGCCUUUGCGGGUGAGAACCUAAUCCCAGGCGAU